GGUCAAGCAGCCGAGUUUCCGCUCGUUGAAAAUGGAUCGUUGGGCUUUCCCCGUGAAGAACACAAACACCGCUGCUUCUGGAGCUGUGGCUUUGUUGUCGAAGGCGAAUUUGAUUCAUGGAAGACCCCAUUCCUUGAAGACUUGGAAAAUCGGAGUCUUUGGGAUCCGAGCUUCAAUUCCAUGCUUCUCUUUACCUGCGGCUUGUUCUUUAACAAUUAAAGCUAUGGCCAAGAAGAAUGAUGACCAUGAUUCCUCUUCUUCUGAGUUCCCUCAACUUGAUAUGAAUACAGGCUGGAGAGAGUUCAGAGCCAGGCUAUACAGGAAUUACGAGGUAGAGAAGACCGAGUCCGAUGCUCAUGAUCAAAGUGGGACAUCUUAUGGAUCGAAACCUCUUGGAAAAAAAUGGGCCCACCCUCUUUCUGUGCCUGAGAAUGGUUGUGUUCUUGUUGCCACGGAGAAGCUGGAUGGAGUUCGCACCUUUGAACGCACAGUUGUUCUCCUUCUAAGAUCUGGAACCAGACAUCCACUAUACGGGCCAUUUGGACUUAUUAUUAAUCGCCCACUGCACAAUAAUAUGAAUCAAAUGAAACCUAGUAGUAGAGAGUUAGCUACUAUUUUUGCUGAUUGUUCCCUGCUCUUUGGAGGGCCCCUCGAAGCGAGUUUAUUUCUUUCUAGAGGGGAGAAAACUCCCAAGAUUCCUGGGUUUGAAGAGGUGUUUCCGGGCCUCUUUUUCGGUGCUCGAGAGAGUUGGGAUAUAGCUGGAGAUCUGGUGAAGAUUGGAGAGCUUAAGUCUGAGGAUUUCAAGUUCUUUGUUGGUUACGCUGGAUGGGAGAUGGAGCAACUACUGGAGGAAAUUGAAUCUGAAUAUUGGUAUGUGGCUGCCUGUAGCCGGGACCUUAUUUUCGGAGACACAUCAGACGCGUCGUCGGAACGUUUGUGGGUUGAGAUUUUGCAGGAAAUGGGCGGUCACUACUCGGAUUUGAGCCGGAGGCCAAGGAAAGACAUGUAAUGGGUGAUUUUAGAACGAAGAUAUCAAUCUGAAUGUGGAAUCUUGAAGU